AUGAUACUCAAUAAAUUAAAGAAUCAGCCUAAGUGGUAUUUAAAAAAGGAUUGGAGAAUUAAAACCCAAAUACUUGUUGCUUAUCUGAUCGUUUAUUUAAUUAUCUUUACUAUUCUAACAACUGCGGUAAUGAUCUCCUAAAAUUACUUGCAUGAGAUGCUCACUUUAUUUUCACACCAAGUAUUUUUGAAAUAAACAAAACAUUCUUUAUAGUACCAGUGGGUAUACAAAAGAGGUUUAGAAGAAACUUUAAUGCAAACUGCAUAAUAGAUUUCAUUUGUCAGGGAUUUCAAUUAGCUUUUCGACUCUCUCCUUACUAAUCAAACUUUCAAAACAAAAGAACACCCGAUGAUGUGUUUAAAUGACCCGAGACAAAAUGACUCAUAUUGUUACACUAGCUCUGUGUCUUGUGGUAUCUUUGGAAAACCUAUAAGUAAUUUGAAAAAUUUGGGAGUUGAGGACAUCUUGCAAACUACUUCAGUUUUAACUUCAUUUAGAUAUCUACUAGAUGGCAAAUCGCCUAUCUAUUAUUUUAAUAACAACAAUAUCACUUAAUUAUAUUGUAUUACUCUUGGAUUACAGUUUCCAAAAAUCUUUAAUCCCAUCAAAAGAUAAUACUACCUCGAUCAUUUAAAGGCUUCUGCCAACGCUACCGAUCCCAAAGCCAUUUACAUAGUUAAUCCAUACACAAUAAUCACUAAUGCAAUAAACUUUCCUAUGACUACCAAUUUACUUGAUAAAAACAAUGGUAUUCUCGGUAUCAUCGUAAAAGGCAUUGAAUUAGACUAUGCAACCUUAUCUAAAUUUAAUGGUAAUAACACACAAAUUUUAAUAAUUGAUAAGAAUGGCAAAGUGCUUUUAUCAGAGCUUUAUAAAAUUAAAAGCCAACCCAUAUAUUAUUUAAAUGAACCUUAGUUCUCUGGUUUUGAUAAUACCGACCUUUAACAGAUAUUUUUCCAUCAUUAUUAAAAAGAGUUUGUAAGUAAUUGCAAUAAUGUUAUUUCCACUAAUAUAUUGUGUAGAUAUAACUCUCUAGAUAAAGAUAAUCUCAUAAUUGAGAGCAAGAACAUUUCGAAUUCUCCAUUUAUAAUGGUAAUGCUCUAAAAAACAAAUUUUAUUGUAAAAUAAGAAGCUGAAUUUUUGGAGAUAUUAGCCGAAGUAUUUAGAGAGGAUAUUCGCAUGACUAUAAUAUUGGCUUUGGUUAUUCCUCUAAUCAUAUUAUUUUGCUCAUAAUUCCUUAUUAACAUUAUUUUAAAAUAAUUGAAUGGAAUCAUUUAUGAUGUUAAAGCCUUCCUAUUUAGCAACAAGAAAGAGUACAUGUCAAAACAAUUAUUUAAAAAAAAAAGUAUCAUUAUAUCAGAAACCAUCAUUGACUUCUAAGCAGCAAUAAUAAAUUUAUUCUAGAACCAAGCAACGUUUAGAAAAUCUGACGAAUGUAUUUCUGUAGAAACUAUUUAAUUUCCAGUUAAUACUAGGCUUUACAAGUUUUUAGUGAGACAACUCUAAUUUAUUAUAUAAUAGAAAAGAUUGAGGAAUAAUUGUAUACCAGAUAGUUUGAAAUUAUUUGAAUUAAAAAAAAUACUGUUCAAAUGA